UGCUCGUGGUGGUGCACUAGUCGCCUGCCCAAGUUCAACACCGGAAAUUCAUUGCAUUACGCACACCUAACAAGAGGGUCAAAUUGUGUUGUUUCUAUCUGGCUUUUGGAUUAAGCCACCAAGAUUUACAUGGUUAAUUCAGAGACGGGCACUAUGCAAGAACCUCGGGAGAUUUUUCGACGUUUCCGUCCCCAAAUUGUACCUGUUCGCACACCUGUCAGGUUGAGGAAUCACCGGAGUCUUUUUAAUUUGAGUAGGUCUUCUCUAGAGGAAACGACUGUGCCUCUGGAAGAAGCUAAAAAACCUCCACCUAAAUAUUCUGGUUUGGGGCGUAAAGUACCCAGGAUGUUUCGUUGGGGAGGCUCAAAAAAAACCUCCAUAGGUGAGCCAAUGACACAGGGCUCUGCAGAACCGACGAGACAACCACCUGAGGAAGGUGGAUUUCUGGGACAUUUGGGAAUCGGGCAUUAUAUUGCCGCUGAUGAUAAUGCUUUCUUAAAUUGUGAGAGCAGUGAAGAUACCAGUGCAGCGACAAAUAAAGGAUAUUCGAAGUCACUGGUGAAUUUGUCCUCAAUCACACCCUGGUCUCACAACAACUUUGACUCAGUCGGAAUUCUAGCUCCCAGUACAAAAACAGAAAGUGACGGCGAAAGCUUGUCGACAUCUUCCAAUUGCGACCCUUUAGGAGCCUCUCCCGCCCUAGCAUCACGUCCUUCUCUCGUUGAUCUGCGGAAGAAAAAUGCAAAAAAUGCUACACCAAUACCGGAAUUAAUUAAAUCCGUGUUUUUCACAAAUCUACCAGUGGAUGAUUCGUCAUCCACCGGUCCUGAUACUUUGACAAAUUGCGACAGUACCUCAAGGACAUAUCUAGAAGUCGAGGAUGAGCCUAAUGCAUUUCUUCCGGCCUUGCUAAUCACCGAAGCAUCCGGAAUACUUCCAGACAAAACCUAUACGAUCUAUCAAACGUCAGACUAUCCGGGUGAUCUCAGAAGCUCGAUUGAGUGGCUUGAAGCAAGGAUUAAAACUUCUCAAAGAGGCCGUCGACCACCACGACGACCCUCUUAUUCGCCGCCGAUCUCCGAACUCGACGAGCUACCCCUGAUGGACGACGCAAAUCUCAUUGUUCAGCAUCUAGUCCGGUUAGAAAUGGAAAAUCUACCGAAGCCUUAAAUGGUCCGGUUACUCGUGAGCCGGAUUCCUCUGAAAAAAUGGCUCCGGUUCUUACCAAAGAUGAAAUGAAAGCCAUUCACACUUGCCUUGUGAAGGCAUACGAAAAGCUUGAGACUUUAGCACCAGAUUCGAAAAACGGAACCUCACUUUCCAAGACGGGUGUAACCAAUGCGUGGAUAAUCAAAAGCGAACCGCUUUCGUGGCACCAAUCGGAAAACGCAUUGGCGCAGCUCGUUCCUGAACUGGAAAGACCGAUGCAAGCGACCAAAGAGUUACAAAAGAUUUAUCGGGAGGAAAAAAUUCUGAAUUUCAAGAUCCCGCUUGGAUGGUCGGAUGGAAGUACAGAACUCCACGAUGACAACUUUAGAAAGUCAACCAUCGGUCUCACUUCCACACAUCUGUUUAUCACAGAAUCGUCUAUUCGCAAACGAAGUACUCACUUUCUCGCCAGAUUUCAAUACGUCUUACCUCUAUCUCAACUUUGGAUUUACGAGGGUGCCGCUCGUAUGAAGAAAAAAAUGGAACUUGCCAGUUUCCAAAACUUGAUAACACCAUCAUCUGCCAUGAAUCCGGUGUCAGAAAACCAUCAGAAGGCGGUUGCCGUUUCAGAAUCAGAUUCGAAUGCAGAUUUGAGCGUCUCGGAAACUGACUCCGAGAUGUUGCUUAUUGGCUGCCCACCGUCAGAAAACUGGAUCAUUCGAUUCCCAAGCAGCCAAAUCCAUAAAGUUUGGAGAAGACAACUACACGAUGCAAUUUCCGAGAGACGCGGUAUACUCGGUUGCCGGAGCCUGUACGUGAAAAUCCUCAAUCAGGUGGCAGACAAUCAAGUCGUUUACAAAUAUCUUAAAGUAGAUAUUCACACAAAUGUCGAAGACCUCAUAAUCAGAGCGUUGCAGUCAAUGAACCUUGACAAAUCCUCGGAUGUACAGUUACUGGUCCGCUUUAUUGAUGAUCAGGGUGAGCAGAAAGAAAUCACUCUACUCGGACCAGAAAACCCUUUCCUCAUAGCCGUAGUUCUCACAUACAACAUGAUUAGUCGAAUGUCUGCGGAUCGGUCCGAUUCCUUGUCUUCCUCACCGACAACUUCUGUAUUUCAUACGGAACCGCUUGACUUUCUCACCAAACUUGUGACCGAUGCAGUCACUCAGUACGUUGGCACGUCCGACUGGGAUUUGUUUGUUUCAAAAUUACCCACCGAGGAUCCACUGUUAUCUCGUGACCAGGUGAAUGCUGAAUUCAUUUUGCGCGUCAAGGAAGGCAUCCAAAAGAAAGGAAGACGGUUACGUCCUCGGAGUAUGGCUAAGUCGUCAGAUUUGAAAAAACAUCCCAGCAGCAUUGGCUCUUUCAAGCCCCGCAAACAAAAGGGAGAACUACGAGAGAAAACCAAAUCAUCUUUGGCACUGAACGAUGACUUUAACAAAGGUCUGGCCUCACCACUUCGUGGUGCACGAAGUACUGGCAGUCUGAAUUUGUCUUCGGAUCAGUAUGAGAUAUUUGGUCGGGUACCGGACAAACUCUGGCCGGAUGCUAAACUUCCUCAGUCGCUGGUGAACUUGUUUGUUAUCAUCUAUCACGCCGGCACUGAGGUCGAAGGCAUAUUUCGUAGAUCAACAGCUCUCAGCCAGGUUCAGUCAAUGCAGCUGAAAGUGGAUGCAAACGUCGAGCCGAUCGAUGCAACAAACUGUCCGCCCCUGGUCGCAGCUGGAGUACUAAAGAGAUUUUUCAACGAGAUUCCAGGACAUUUGUUGGGCGAUGAGAACUGGAACGAAUGGGUUCAAGUCGUGCGCACUCCGUCUGUUGACGAACGAAUUCCUCAAAUGGAAGCAUUAAUCAAAAAGCUUCCAAAGGUCAAUCAGACUCUCCUUACACUGCUAAUCCACCUUUUGGCACAUAUACGGGAUCAUGAACAUCUGAAUCGGAUGUCUACGGAUGCUUUGGCCACAGUGUGGGGACCGAAUAUCAUCCAACGACCAAACAGUGUCCCAAAUCAUGAAGAAGCGCUGCUCGCGGCCCAAAUAGUUGUCUCGCUUUUGCACCCACAGUUUACUGCCAGUAUUCUCUCCGAUGCUACAGGUCCGCAUCGUGAGCUGCUCAGAUACUAUCAGUCCAGCUGGCAAGCAAUGGAGGCAGCGCAAAACGAACUCAGCUAUGAGUCAACAGUUCGAACAUCCAGAGCGUUAUCGUUCCGGUUCAGUCCAAGCUGCGUUUAUCCAUAUCGAAGAAAAAGCUAUACAGUAAACCCGUACGAAAACAAGUCAUCAGCCACUUCCGGCACAUACAGACGAUUUGACAUGUGACGCCGCUACGGUCGCCAUUUGGAUAUCAUUCGCUCAUGUUUAAAAUUCCAGUACACAGAAUUUUAACCAGAAGAGCCUCGAUUGUUAUGAAUCUUUACUUAUUGCAAACUAGGUUCUUCGUCUACACUCAUUCUGCCUGCUAACUUUAACCAAAUUCAUCGAAAUAAGUGAUAAGAGAAAGACACUUACCAAUGUCUAUCUUGAUGGCAAAUUGUUCAACCAAAAUCAGCCAUGUGUUUCCCAAACAGAAAUCAAUUGUCCGCUUCAGAACGACCGUAUUUCUUUUGUUUAACACUGAACAGUAUUUUCGGUUAAUCGUAGUCCUAACUAUGAAUUUGGAAAUGCAACGGUUUUUUAUUUCGAAUUUGUGAUAUGUUGUCUAAAUAGCA